UUCGGCUGUUUCUAUAGUUUCACUCCGCCUUCUAAAGCCGCGAGGUCAUCCUAUCUGUCGAAAUGGCCACUGAACUCUGCCCUGUCUAUGCGCCCUUCUUCGGUGCCCUUGGCUGCACCUCGGCCAUCGUCUUCACCUGCUUCGGAGCUGCCUAUGGAACUGCCAAGGCUGGUGUCGGUGUCUGUGGAAUGGCUGUCCUCAGACCUGACCUGAUCGUCAAGAACAUUGUCCCCAUUGUCAUGGCUGGUAUCAUUGGUAUCUACGGUCUGGUUGUGUCGGUCUUGAUUGCGAACGAUUUGAGUCAGAAGGUCCCCUUGUACACUGGUUUCAUUCAGCUGGGAGCAGGUCUCGCCGUCGGUUUGGCUGGUUUGGCAGCUGGUUUUGCCAUUGGUAUCGUUGGUGACGCAGGCGUUCGUGGAACUGCUCAACAGCCCCGUCUCUACGUCGGAAUGAUUUUGAUUCUCAUUUUCGCUGAAGUCUUGGGUCUCUACGGUCUUAUCGUUGCUCUUCUCAUGAACUCUCGUUCGACGAUCGACGUCCAGUGUUAGACGAACCCUUGUUCGUUCCUCGUGAAAUGGCCCAAGUGAACACCCGCCCGACGAGACUAUCGCGCAUUGUUCUCGGAUACGAUGAAAAGAGCCCGGGAUGCUCAACAUGUGUUAACGUGAUGUGGUUAUUUUGACUUAUGUUCUCGCUUUUGCUUUGCCGACAAUGACUAUGUGCGUCAUCGUCCGAGAUAGCUGGGGAAUGUGGAGAAGUGGGUUGUUGGGGGUGGAGCGAGAAAAGCCCGUUGGAUAACAUGUGCUUUUUCUUUUCCCACCCCCAUCACAACGGACAAGACAUAAUUUGAUGUGCUAGCCAAGUUGUGUAGACUAGGACAAGGUGGAA